AUGGACCUCAUGAGCGCCCGAUUCAAGUCGUUCGCCUUAAAACGUAAAGAGAAGCACUCUUCCCCACUCACCUCAAACACCCCUCCCAACCUGAACGGAACUUCUCCUACUUCUCCUCCUUCCAACCGAAGUUCCUCAACGACCAGUUUACCCCCGAUCAACAACUUGAAUCAGGUCGGUCGUCCUCCCAGCUAUCGUCCAACCAGCCCCUUAGCCCCCGUUCAACAGCUCGCUUCACACACCGCCCCCCUCAACCCCUCCUCAAUGCAACAAUACGGUCAACCGGGCAUCGCCCAGCAGAUGAAUGCGCCGCCAGGUUACGCCAUGCAAUCACAACCCAUGGGGCAUGCCCCCGCUGGUCUUCCUCAUCAGUAUGCGGGGCGCAACCCCGCUGAGAUUCAAGCACCCGUCGACCGCAGUAAAGCCCAACUCAUCGUCGGUAUCGAUUUCGGUACGACUUUCUCCGGUGUCGCGUUUGCCUUUGCGACAAACAAUGAGGCCAGGGAAGAUAUCAUCACCGAAUGGCCUGGCGCAGGAACCCAUACCAAACAAAAGAUUCCUACGGUAUUAUACUAUGAUCAAUACCAGAAAGUCGUUGGAUGGGGUCCCGAUAUCGCCGAGGCGCUGGCGCCCACCGGUUACCCGAAACCUGGGGUCCAAAAGGUGGAAUGGUUCAAGUUGCAGCUGAUGCUCUCUGGAAACACAUACAUUGACCCUAUCAACCUUCCUCCUCUCCCUCCCGGCAAGUCAGAAAUCGAUGUCGCCGCCGAUUAUCUCUUUAAGCUCCGUCAGGCCAUGCGUGCCCAACUACAGAAGACCCUGGGUGAGGUAUUUACCCGUGAAGAGCGCAACAUUCGCUACUAUUUGACCGUCCCGGCCAUCUGGAAUGACGCUGGGAAGGCGGCCACCCGAGCGGCGGCCAUUCAGGCCGGUUUCUUGCGGGAUGAGAAUGAUAACCGAUUGACUUUGGUCUCAGAACCAGAGGCAGCAGCCCUCUUCUGUGCGAAGACUGGUCUGCUGAACUUGAAGAUUGGAGAUGCUAUUCUGAUCGUUGAUUGUGGUGGUGGUACUGUUGAUUUGAUCGCAUACGAGGUUGAAGAGGAAUCACCGUUCAGCGUAAUGGAAUGCACUGCAGGUUCGGGUGACUCGUGUGGUUCUACAGCCCUGAAUCGCAAUUUCAGCAAUAUUCUGCGAGCUAAGAUUCGCAAGAUGAAGCUGCCCGAUGGUUCACGGACGGCUGGCAAGGUCUAUGCUAAGUGUAUUAUGGACUUCGAGAACCGUAUCAAGGCCGACUUCCGUAACAAUGGACAGAAGUGGGCAGUCGAUGUUGGUAUUGAGGCGGACUUCCCCGAAGCCGGGAUUGAAGAGGGCUACAUGACAUUUACGAAUGAGGAAAUUCUUCAGUGCUUUGAGCCUGUAGUGAACCGAAUUCUGGAACUGGUUCGCAACCAGAUUAUUGCUAUUCAAGCGCAAAAUCGUUUGCUACAGAACGUUCUCGUCGUUGGUGGUUUCGGUGCCUCGGAAUACCUCUUCCAACAGAUCAAGCUCCACGUACCCCCGCAAUAUCAGACCAAGGUUGUUCGCCCAAUGGACUCUGUGGCAGCGAUUGUCAAGGGUGCAGUUACCGCGGGUAUUACCGAGCGGGUUAUCACUCACCGUGUUGCGCGUCGUCAUUAUCUGAUGGCUACCUUGCAACCAUUCAAGGAAGGAUACCACCCCGAACAGUACCGAGUACCCAGUCUAGAUGGUCGCGACCGAUGCAAGUACACCCGGCAAAUCUUCGUGCAGAAGGGUGAGCGUGUUAAGAUUGGCGAGCCUGUCAAGGUCAGCUUCUUCCGUCAAGUAGCUCCAGGUGCCACCCUCAUGUACGAAGAUGUGCUCUAUGCUUGUGACGAAGAUGUGUGUCCCGAGUACACCAAGGAUCCUCGCAUCAAGGAAGUUGUUACACUCACUUCGGAUCUGUCUCGCAAGAACCUCGAGACUGACUUUGAACGCAUGGACACCCCACAGGGUAUCUUCUACCGCGUGUACUUUGAUAUCUACCUCACUCUUGAUGGCAGUGAGUUCAGCGCCGAGCUGGUGUGCCAAAAUGAGAUCAUGGGUCGCUGCCGUGCCAAGUUCCGGUAA